AUGACGUUUGUAUACAAUACUGGUAUUAGUAUUGAUAGUGAUCCUAAUUUUACAACAUUUCUUCCCUGUUGUAAUGCACCAGUAUCUGUCGAUUAUCAACCACGACACUAUCAAGAAAUCUAUUAUGCACCUGAACCUCCACCACAAAUUCAAGUUGUACGACAACGACUACCUGAUCCACCACCUGAUGUAAUCGAACGUGUGGUUGUUGUUCCUCAACCAAAACAAUACGUUUAUCAAGUGGUUGAAGUACCAACAAAACCACCACCAGUUAUACAAGAACGUGUCGUUCAUCAAUCUCCUAAUGCACCAGUAUGUGGUGGUACUUAUCGUGUUCAAGUACCUCCAAAAGGAUCUGUACAAUCAACACGUACAGUACGACAAGCACCAACCGUUGUAAAAUCACAAUCUUAUACACAAGCAGCACCUAAUUAUGUACAAGCAACACCUAAUUUUGUACAAUCAACGCCUAGUUAUAUACAAGCAGCACCUAGUUAUAUUCAAGGAACACCUAGUUAUAUUCAAGGAACACCUAGUUAUAUACAGUCAGCACCUAGUUAUAUACAAUCAACACCUAGCUACUUACAACCAUCGAACGUCGUCUAUACAUCAUCUUCUCCUCAGAUUAUAACUCUCUAG